AACAAAGUUGACAUUUCCAACCUACACCUGUCUUCACACCGUAUAAUUGGCGCCUAUUUGUCAAAGAUCGGUUAUAAAUUGUUCGUUUAUCUCUAAAAGAAUGUCAGAUUUUCUUAAAAAAUGCGAAGAAUACUUCUCCACGAAGUGUUUCUACGAGAUCCUUCGCAUAGAAAAAGACGCCAACCAACAAGACAUAAAAAAAGCUUAUCACAGGCUUUCAUUGCUCGUUCACCCCGACAGAGUUGAACCAUCAAACAAAGAAAUUGCCACCGAAAAAUUUAAAGUUUUAGGUAAAAUUUAUUCGAUUUUACAAGAUGAUGAUCGAAGAAAGUGUUAUGACGAUAAUGGAGAAUUUGAUGAUGAAUUCGAUAGCGAUAGUUCUAAUUGGAUGGAUUAUUGGCGUGCUAUGUUCAAACCUAUAAAAACUGAGGAUAUUGAUGCUUACAAAAAAGAAUACAUUGGAUCUGAAAAUGAACUUAGAGAUAUCAAGAAAUCAUAUGUUAAUAGCGAAGGAAAUAUGGAUUUCAUUUUGGAGUCGGUUAUGUUUGCUGAUUGCUCUAGCGAACCAAGAAUUAUUGAAAUCGUUAGAAAACUAGUUGAUGAUGGAGAAGUUGAGGAAUAUAAACAGUUUUUUAAUGAGCCCAAAAGGAAAAGGGAUCGAAGACACAAAAAAUGGGAAGAUGAAAAGAAGGAAUUUGAAAAACUUAAUAUUUCAAUUGAACAAGUUGAGGAAGAAUUAAAAAGAAACUCUGAAAGACGUGCCAGGGAAUUUAGUUCUUUAAUAAGCGAUUUAGAAAAAAAAUACAGUAAACCGGCAAAAAGGAAGGCUCUUAGAGGUGGUAGCCCCGUUAAAAAAAAAAAAAAUUCAAAGAAAAUCUAAUGGAAAAAGAAAGUAAAUUAUAAUUUAGGUUUAUUUAUAUUUAAACAAGCGUAAUGUAACUUUAAUUUUGAUACUCUCAAUACAUGAUUAAUCAUUAA